UUCGCGCGGGGAAACGACGCCAGACCCGCCGCUCGGCACGGUGGAGGCGACAUCUAGCAGCGCAGCGGAGAACCAGCAGUCCGCCAAGUGCCCGAGUCCUCCGCUAGGCAGCACUGCCGGCUCCAUGCUGCGGCUGAACCAGCAGGAGGCGAUGUGGGGCGAGCAGCUGCUCAAGGCAGCUGUGGCCGAUAUGGGCGGCGGCAGCGAACACGACGGCUCCGACUCCGAGCUCUCCGACUCGGAACACUUCCUCGCCAAGGGUGCCUUCCUGCUCACUCCGAGUCACGAGCUCAGCAUCGAGAAGGCGAGCACCAUCUGCGAGAAGAUGAACUUCAAGGGCUUGUUCUCGCUCACCAAGACGGCGACCGGCAUUCUCUUCAAGUUCUCCGAGCCCGAGGACUUCCAGGCUGUGUUCAAGAAGGGCUUCCACAAGGUCACCGGUGCCAGGUUCUACAAGAAGGUGCCUAUUCCUUGCCGGCCACAGAAGACCUUCUCGGUGUUUGUGCUGGAAGUGCCGGAGGACAUCCCGGAGGAGGACAUCAGACACUCGCUGUACAAGUUCCACUCCGUGGUGGAGGUGACGCGGCUGGCCAGGGACCCGGCGCCGGCGGCCGGCGGCGCUGGGAGCUCCUCGCAGGGCCAGCAGCCGUCGGGGGGCAGUCCUGCUCUGGAACUUGGAGUAUUACUUGAACUGAAGUUACAAUUAAAAGGCCCUCCAGCCAAGCUGACCAGCACUCCGCAGCUGUCGGACACGCCGUCCAUAGUGCGAGUCACUCUUGCCAACCUCGAGGAGUCCAAUAUCUUACUGCAGAACGGCCUUGACUUCUACGGCGCCACCUUCUUCCCCACAGAGUCGGCGGCUUCCACCACGGUGGUGCGCAGUGCCGGGCGCAAGUCCGUCACCGGCAACAGAAUUCUGGAUGUGGUAACUUCUUCCGGACAGAGAGUGCGAGAUUUGCUGCCGGUGUUCGACGCAGCAAGUUUCUCCAAGAUCCCGCCUCCUACCACUAAAACAAUCAAACCACGCAAUAACUGACACUUCGUUCAUAUUUUCAAAUAUCCGAGUGCCUUUUCACAACUUCUGAACGAAUUAUUGUCACUUUCUCACUGGCUUACUUACUACAAGCGAUUAAUGAAUGAUUUAAACUUCAUUUUGUGGUUGUAGACAUGUAAAAACACGCAGGGUUAUGUCUUUAUAUUGAAUAAUGUUAUAACAAAGAGGCUUCAAUGUAUUAGUUAAACUACCCUUAUCAUGUUGUAAACCGACUCACUACAGACCAUUAAAAAUAUUAUUGCUUCAGUAUAUAUUUAAAUGUAUGCCAUUAGUAUUUAUUUACAUCGUUUUAUUAUUGUAACGUAAAUUAUAUCAAAUGUUUAUAUGCAAUGCACUGUCAUAUUUUUAAACAUCGAUCAGAAAUACAACUGAACUUUUGAGUGUGGUCAUAAUUCUCAGAGCUGUUUGUGGCAUACUUUUGAAAGAAAACAUCUGGGUGUUGGACGGUUACUAAUUUAUUAUCUCAUGGUGUCACUCAUAAAAAUCACUGUAUUUUAGCUUUGCUUCUCUGUUGUAAUACUUUUGAAUACAGUUGUAUGUACAGGCUGCAAUAUUUGUGAAUUAUUUUUUUAUAAUAUUUGAUUGUUUCGCUGGCACGUGGUAGGGCCUACUACACUCUUGUAUUGGCAACUUGUGUCCUUGUUUACGCAGAAGGUGCAGAUCAGGGUUUGUUUUACUAUGUAUUACGUUCAUAUACAAAUAAAUAAUUUAUAAACAA